UUCGGCAGCUUAUCCCAGACAGCAGAUACUCAACUCUGCAAAUUAUGUGCGCGGUGUACGACCGUGGACGGGAUUAUUCAAUGUUGAAAAUGGACUGUGCCGUUAGUCCAGUGUGUAAUAUUAUUAGAAAAUUUAAUUUAUUUUUUUUUAAAUAAAUAGAAAAGCAUAAUAGUUAACAAUAAAAAAAAGGACUCUUAGUGGGUGAAAAGUGUUGCGAAAUUUGUAAGCGGAAAAUUUGUCGGUUUAAAGAGGUGAGCGUAAGAAGAAGAAGCACAAAAAAAAAAAGAAAUACCAAUCGAUGUGGCUCAAUUAACCGUUAGUGUCGCGGGCACAUACAUCCAUACAUACGAAUACAUACAUCUAUCACAGAUAGUUGGCGUUUGAAAAGUCGGUGCUGAUGCGUUGGCAAUUUCCUGUUGCGCUGUAUCUUUAGUGUUUCGAAAGCGAGAAAAACAAGAAUGGGCAAUCAACCAGGAAAAUUGCAAAAUCAAAAUCAAAGCGGCAGACCAAAAAAAGUCGUGACUUGGAAAUCGGCAGAACGCCCCUCAGCACCUGGACGUCCUGUGCUCAUUUCACUCUCCGAACAACAACCGGAUGUCGUUAAUUUGCGUUGGGAGCGUCCAAAACUGGACGGUGGUUCACCCAUCACCGGUUAUGUUGUCGAACAUCGUCGCAUGGGUUCGCCGCAUUGGGUACGCGCUACACCCACAUCUGUGUCACAAUGUGAGGUGUCAAUUAGUGGCUUAGAACCCGGUUGGCGUUAUCAAUUUCGUGUAUUUGCUGAGAACAUCGUUGGACGCUCCGAUCCUAGUGAAUUAUCUGAUGCACUUACCGUUACACUGCAACGCACCGCCAUCUGUGUACCGAGUUUUAUUGAAGAACUACAGGAUCGUCAAGCCGUCGAAGAUGAACGUAUUGAAUUUCGUGUGCGCGUUGUGGGUCAGCCAGCACCGGAAAUUAAUUGGUUCAAAGACGGUUAUGAGAUAUUCAGUAGUCGACGAACGAAAAUUUUAAACGACAACGACGUCAGUGUCUUGAUUAUUCAUCAGGUGGCACUCACCGACGAAGGAGAAAUUAAGUGCACGGCGACAAAUCGAGCUGGCCACGUGGCCACCAAGUCUCAAUUAAUGGUGCAAGCACCGCCGAAAAUCCGUCUGCCACGUACCUAUGAAGAUGGUCUUAUCGUUGAGGCGGGCGAAGUGUUGCGCCUGAAAGUUGGUGUGGCGGGACAACCACCGCCAGCAGUUACGUGGCUGCAUGAAGGCGAGGUAGUGCCUAAUGGUGGACGCUUUGAAAUUUCAAACACCGAUCGCAAUUCGCUGCUCAAAAUCGACAGUAUCCAGCGCGAUGAUCGUGGCGAGUACAGUGUGCGCGCGUGGAAUCGGCUGGGCGAAGAUGUGACCUCAUUUUUGGUCACAGUCACCGCGCGUCCGAAUCCACCGGGCAAAGUGCGACUCAACAUGUCAUUUGGCAAGUCGGCGACGUUAUCGUGGACCUCGCCACUUGACGACGGUGGUUGUAAGAUCGGCUACUAUAUUGUCGAGUAUUUUCGUGUUGGUUGGAAUGUUUGGCUCAAAGCGGCCACCACCAGGUCUCUCAGCACCACACUACAUGACUUAAUCGAAGGAUCCGAAUAUAAGUUUCGCGUGAAAGCGGAAAACCCAUAUGGCGUGAGUGAUCCUAGCGAAGAAUCUGAAGUACUCUUCAUUCCUGAUCCGAAACGUGGUAUUACGAAACCAAAAUCGGAGACUAAAUUGACAGAGGAGAAGAGUAAACCCGCACCACCACGACGCAAAGCCUUAUCGCCACCACGUCCUCAUGCCGAUGCAUCAACAGAGAUAUCACCCGGUGCGCUACGUAAGCCCAGACCACAAUUACUCGAUACAGAGGAGUUGCAACGGGAAAUGUCUUAUGGCACGCCCGAUAAAGUACUAAAGUUAGAUAUACGUCGUAGUCCAUCGAAUCCACAGACAACACAAAAGUCCUCGCCGAACUCACCAAACUCUAAAACAGUGACAUUAAACACGAAACUUUCAUCCACACCGUCCCCAACAACGCCAACACCAAAGUCUCCACAGCGUUCACCGCUCGUUGAGAAGAAAUCUAUGCCACAAUUCCUACAAACUUUUCUCCCGUCCAAAGACAAGUCACCUUCACCUUCGAAACAAAAAAUUGCGCCCUCAUUAGCAACACCAGAACCUGACCUGACGCCCGAGAAACCCUCCACACCGGAAGUAACACGCUCCUCAUUACACCGCCGACGUAGUCUCAGCCCUCCACGCAAGAGUCCAACGCCACCGGAGGUGAUCAACAAAACUCCAGCUCUACAACGUAGCGCUGAACCCGUACAAUUGGGCGUUAAUCAAACCGUUCGACGACUUUCUGGACACAGUCUUAGUCCAGCCAAAAAUGCGCCAACACUGGCAGUAGCCAUAGCAACGGGAGCUAUGGGCACUAUGAGUAUGCAGUUGGAGAAAUCGCCACAAUUGAAAAAGAAAGAGCGGAAAGAAACAACAGAACGCAAUGAACGCAAUAAACGAGCUGAAUUGUUUGAAACCACCGAACGUUUGGAGCGUACCGAACGAAAAGAGCGCCAAGAUCGCAAUGAUCAAUUCGUACACGCAGAAAGAGCUGGCCGCGAGGAAAGGAUCGAACCAAUAAAGAGGCAGCCAGAGGAAAAGGAAAAGUUGGUAGAGCUCAAGCGGUUAGAGCAAGUGGACAAGCUCGACCAAAACGAGAAGGAUAAGCAGGCAGAGUGGAUUCAAUGGGUUGCCAAAGCGAAUGGUAAUAAUGCAGCACUGCAAAACAAAAAUCACAACAACAACGUGAACAACAACCAUCAGAAACAAAAUGUCUCGGCACUUACAAAUCCCACCAUUCAAAUAAGCGCGCCACCACCGACGAAGACGCUCAUUUCACCAUCGCCCCCGAAUAGUCCGCUAUCGCUGGCAGAAAAACAGGAUGACGUACACACCAGCAAUGAGUUCAUGUUAGUCGUCUUCGACAAGAAUAGCAAAGUUAAGGAUAAAAAUAAGCAAGACUCCUUUGAAUUGGAUCUCGAAGACGCACUACAACCACCACCAAUUUCCAUCUCUUCACCCGAUCUCGCAUCACUGGAAUUUACCAAUCUGCACACUUUCCCACUCCGUCGUUCUGUUAGUUCAACGGAGCUCUUGUACGAACGAGCCAUGGCACGCUUUUACGAAGCUGUGGAAUUGGAGGAAGCCGAAAAGUCUCGCAAGUUGCAAGCAAUAAAAGAUAAAGAAAAGCAAAAAGACGUGGCUGAUAAGACUUUCGAGAAGGAUUUGGACAUACCAAUUGCUGGCGGCGGCCUACAGCCACCUUUCGUGCGCAAACGUCUCGGCUCUAUGACGGAAGCGGAGCGUCUAUCGUUCGAGCGACGGAGUGAAUUGCGUCGUCAGUCUGAAAGUUUUGUACAAGACUUCAAAUUGGCCUCCGCACGUUGGGGCUCACGUGAAAACAUCUCAGCCACAAAGCCACUUUCACGCACGACAGGCAUAUUACUCAACAAAGACGAAAGCCGUGAAGAAGAUGAUAGGGAUGUGGAGAAUUAUGAUUUUGAAGAUUACGAUGAGGAAGAGCUGCUAGAAGGUGAAGUUGCCAGUGGCUAUCAGGCAAGAGCUGAACCUACGAAACAAGCCAGCUUUGAAAUUGAAUCAGAUUACACUGAGAGCACGGCAAGCUCGGAAGAUGACUCUAUCGAAAAAUUCAAAAUGGAGCUGAGAGCGCGUACAAAAACACCAAGUCCGCCAAAAGCCAGCCCACCAAGAGAUCAUAUGGAAACCUAUCAUCCGCGUAAUAUGUCCGCAGGCGUAUUUACGCCUUACCGUGCACCACAACCGGAAAAUGCAGCAAUCGUACUCACGCGUCCGGCACCGCUUACCGAUCCAGACUUUGUGCCGAAACCGAUUUUGAAGCGACCGUCCAAUGAGAAUGUUCAACCACUUGUCGAGGCGGCGCUCAAUAGUAAUAAUAACAACAACAGCAACAACAAUGACAACAACAAUACCAAAAAUAAAAGUUUGGAGCAUAUAGAAAACAUUAGCGACGACAGUAAACCCCAAACCGUCCAAAACACUGCCACUACCCAUGAGAAGCCCGGUUUUGCUGAGAGCUUCAUGUCAUUCUUCAAGCGCGAUACACGCUCGCAUGCUGAGAAAAAUGACGAAGAGCAAGCCAGUGUCAGUGAUGUUACAGGCAAGCCAUUACCUCUUAGCCCCACCGUGGUUGCUGCAGAGUUGGAGGCGCAACGAAAAGCCAAAGAGGCGGAGGAAGCAAAACGUCAAGAAGCCGAACGUGCAAUGCAUGAGGAAGCUUACGCCAUCGUAGAUCACUACAGCGAUCUUGUGAGCCAGAUAAGUCACACGCGCAAAUACCACACACCCAUCUAUCUCGAUAAGGAACAACUGCAAAAGGCCGGCGCACGUACGGACUACGAUGAAGAAAUGCGUCAACGUCGUUCACAAUCACCCGAAGGUGGUCUUAUACCACCCGUUAGCAACAAGCCGCGUCUCUCGAUAUCCGAACGUGGUCAAUUAGUACAUGUACGUGAGACUGGUAGUGGCAUGGCCUACACAGAACAACCCAAAAGCAAUGUGCCCGAUACACCAACGCCAAGUGAGGACAGCUCGCAAGCUGCAUUCAUAUUACCAGCCGUGAGGGUUAACAAACCGCCCGCGUCUAACAGUAAGAUCGAUAUCACUACAAAAGCUAUACCCUCACCGAAUGUGUCGGAACUGCUGGCCAACGAUGACAGCACCACAUCAGAGAUGAUCAGCGAAACCACAUACGAACGCCCAGACUCACGCGGUCGCACUCGCAUUGUCAAAGUUAAACGUAUCAUUAAGAAACGGGUGCCCUCGCGUUCGCGUGAUGCCUCUUUAAAUCGGCCCCCCUCCAGCGCUGCAUCACAACAGGAUAUCGAUUUAGACAUGUCCACCGAAGCGCAAUCGCCGGUGAGAAGACGUGUGCUCUCACGUACACGCACCUCAACCGGUCAAUCCAAGUCGCCUGGCCCAUUUAGCAGAAGACCACUACCAACGUCCGCUGGUGCGCUGCCGACACCGCCGGAAGUCUUACUCGCCAUGACCGCCAAUGAGAAGCUGGAGGCAAAGAGUGUCGAACAACUCGAGGAGGAGGCACAUGAAAAAGUGCGCUCGGCUUUGAGUUACUCCACCGACUUGGUGCUAUUCAUGGUCGCUUGCUAUGUUUAUCUCUUCAAGGAUGCCUGGUUAGUCUUACCCAUACUCUCCUUGAUGAUCUACAGACAACUGGGAGACUUAAUUAAUGAUUGCAUACCGAAAUGGAUGAAACGGAAAAAGAACUGAUACGGAGAUAUGACAACAACGCAAAGAUAGUGGCUCCACAAAGACAAGUAAUCACUGGAUAUACCAAAGAGAAAAUAAAGAUCGUACCGAAACACAAAAUGGUUGCAUUAAAAUUUAUAUAUAAUUUGCCGGAUUUUCAAUUAAAAGCAAAGAAAACACGUCGUAGCAGUUGCCCGGUCCUUGGCGAAUAUUUUCAGUGAGAGAGCGGUAGAGACAGAGAGUGUGAGAGAGAGAGAGAGAGGAAAAGAGUUCACUAAGACUUCUCCGUUUACGAAAGAUAACAAGAAAACCGAAAUGUUCGCCAAGGACCGGGCGAACUCCAACAAAAACACUUUGCUUACAACUAAAAAGCGCAUAAGUUCAUAUUCAACGAUUUUCAAAGUUUAUAAUUUAAAACUUUCAUAAAAUUAAAGAACUCUUUUUCUUUAAUAUUUAAGUUUCUACUAUUAUU